AUGGCGAUGGUCGAGCGGCUCGAGGACGACGAUGUGGCAUGGCGUCGGCAUGUGCUGAUGGAAAUCGAUCCAUAUGAGGCUGAACCGCAGUCGGUGGCAAAACUGGAGAGACCCGAACCUGAUCUUCCCUCAGCAGGUGUAUCUGGCGGGGAAGUGGAAGAGAAGGACGAGCGACGUGAAGCAGAGCUUCAGUUUGAUUCUGCACCCUCCGACGACGAGCCUAGUCCGACAAGGAACCAGCCGAGCUCUCCUCAAAAAUUGCAGGUUGCUGAGGCACAAGAGGAUGUACACCGAGAGCAGUCGGAAGCAACCCGAGCAGAGUCGCCGGAGUCAUUGAACGUGGAGUCCGUGGAUGACUCGGUCCAUGCUACAAUCGAAGAUGCUGCCGUGCAGGACGACAAGGAAGCGACUGCCCAGGAAGCUCCCGAGGAGGACGCUGAGCAAGGUGCCGGAAGCUGCAAAACCGCUGAGGUCCUGACGACGCAGCCUGAAGCAGAUGGCAGCAAUGCGCAGAAGCAGGAGGAGAUGAAGCCCAUUCAGAAGAUGCGGCGUGUUUUCAUGCAGAGGUCCCGCCGUGGCCCUCCAGGUACAAACGACGACAAGGAGCCUCACAAGCAAGCGCAGGGUGACCAGCAGAACGAGCGUGCCCCGGACGAGCCGGAGCCUGCCACGGUGAAUGAGCAUGGCGGGGCCGCAGCGACUUCCAGCCCGGAGCCGGAGCCCGGAGAGCUCGAGAGUGAGCGGCCAGAGGAAGGCGACCGCGACUUGGCUGAGGCUGAGGCCAUUGAGGAGCCCGUCGCUGAGGGUGCCGAGCAUUCCCAAGGUGAGGCGGGGACCAUGGAGCCAGAUGCCACCCAGGAGCCUCAAGAUGAGGCGGAAGGCGCGCCUCAGGUCGAGGAGCCUGUCAAGGAGCCCUCGGACGAGCCAGGCUCCGAGCUCGAGCCGGCAACGAAGCCGGCGGUGGAGAGCUUCGACAUCCCCGAGGAGCCCGAACACGGUGCCCGGCAUUCUCCGACAGGCCCUGCUCAGGAACCAGCGACAGUUCCCAAUCCGCCAGCCAGGAGGUCCAGAUCCGUGGGUGCGGUGGCAAAGGAGCCCUCCUCGGGGGAGUCCGCUGGUCCUGGCGAGCUUGCUAGGCGUGUGUGGCGCGCUUCUGCAGCUCCCACAAGGUCCAGAAGUGCUGCUCCGAAUUCGGAGAUCCCCAAUGUUGCAACUGCAGCAAGAGAUCUUCGACCCCGUCGCCGGGACAACAGGCGCGUGCCACGGGGCAAGAAAGGGCCAAGGUCGGUAUCGCCACAGCACAAGGUGGAGGAUGCACCAGCUGCAGGCCGUGCUUCGAAGAUGAAUGCAGAGGCCAAGGAGUCCAAGGAGUUCGCACAGCCGCGGGUUUGGAAGGCACGAAAGCCAAAGACUGAAGCGACGUCGCCAAGGCAGCCCUCUCCCGAGAGCCGCAAAGUGAACACGGAGUCGCUGCCGGAGGUCAGCUGGAAGCCCGCUGCCGAUUUUGGAAAAGCGCCACGGCCACCCAGGACAAUUCGUUCUGCCGGUGCUCGAGCCAGGGCCACGCCCGAGGCUCCUGCUCCCGAAGCAUGA